AAGUCAUGGCAGCUCCACUUAACAACUCUCGCCUCUCCUGUACGAGUUGACCCAAACUCUCUCAGAAACCUUUCUUAAAGGCACUUGUAAUUUGUAAAAGCCUCUUCUUACCCAUGCAAAGCCCACCUUUUCUGACCACUCACACAUUCUUCAAUUUUCCACUUAAACAAAAGCAAUUAAAGCCUGUGACUGUGAGCAAAAGUGAAAAAUCGCUCAUCUGAAUUUGUUUCUCUGCUUAAAGACAUUCGAAAGUGAAUUGGACUCGUAAUGGGGAUCCUCCAAGCCUUCUUUUGCCUGGUUUUUUUUGCUGGGAUUCUAUGUACAGAAUCCAACUUCAUGGUAUACAACACUUCGCAAAGCAUAGUCCCUGGAAAGCUUAAUGUCCAUUUGGUUCCUCACACCCACGACGAUGUUGGUUGGUUGAAGACCGUUGAUCAGUACUACGUUGGCUCCAACAAUUCCAUCCAGGGGGCUUGUGUUCAAAAUAUAUUGGAUUCUCUAGUGCCUGCCCUGUUGGCUGACAAGAACCGGAAGUUUAUCUAUGUUGAGCAGGCAUUUUUCCAACGAUGGUGGAGAAAUCAGAAUAAGGCAAUGCAGGAUGUGGUCAAGCAGCUAGUGAGCUCGGGGCAACUAGAGUUCAUAAAUGGGGGUAUGUGUAUGCAUGAUGAGGCAGCAACACAUUACAUUGAUAUGAUUGAUCAGACAACACUUGGGCAUCGGUUUAUCAAAAGGGAUUUUGAUGUUGUUCCAAGAAUUGGUUGGCAAAUUGAUCCCUUUGGACAUUCUGCAGUACAGGCUUAUUUGUUGGGAGCAGAAGUUGGAUUCGACUCACUUUUCUUUGGUCGGAUAGAUUACCAAGACAGAGCUAAGCGCAAAAAUGAAAAAAGUCUUGAAGUUGUCUGGCAGGGUUCCAAGAGCCUUGGUUCAUCUGCUCAGAUUUUUGCUGGUGCAUUCCCUGAGAAUUAUGAGCCUCCACCUGGUGGUUUCUACUUUGAAGUCAAUGAUGUUUCCCCAAUAGUUCAAGAUGACAUUAAUUUGUUCGAUUACAAUGUUCAAGACCGAGUAAAUGACUUUGUUGCUGCUGCAGUAUCACAGGCUAAUAUAACCCGAACAAACCAUAUCAUGUGGACUAUGGGAACAGAUUUUAAGUAUCAAUAUGCACAUUCAUGGUUCAGCCAGAUGGACAAACUCAUACAUUAUGUCAACCAGGAUGGACGUGUCAAUGCUCUGUACUCUACCCCAUCCAUGUAUACUGAUGCAAAAUAUGCUACAGAUGAGUCCUGGCCAAUCAAGAGUGAUGACUUUUUCCCAUAUGCAGAUCGUGCAAAUGCGUACUGGACAGGAUACUUUACUAGUAGACCAGCCCUCAAGCGCUAUGUCAGAAUAAUGAGUGGCUAUUAUUUGGCUGCAAGGCAGCUAGAAUUUUUCAAAGGGAGGAGUAAAUCUGGGCCCAACACAGACUCACUGGCAGAUGCUUUAGCAAUUGUUCAACAUCAUGAUGGAGUUACUGGUACAGAAAAGCAGCAUGUGGCUAAUGAUUAUGCAAAACGCUUGUCUAUGGGGUACACGGAGGCUGAGGAAUUAGUUGCAUCUUCACUUUCUUGCUUGGCUCAGUCCGCAUCAGAUACUGGAUGCGGGAACCCAACAAUUAAGUUUCAACAGUGCCCACUUCUGAAUAUAAGUUACUGUCCUGCAUCAGAAGUUGAUCUGCCUCAAGGAAAAAGUUUGGUAAUUGUGGCCUACAAUUCUCUUGGAUGGAAGAGGGACAAUGUAAUUCAAAUUCCAGUUAUCAAUGAAGAUGUUACUGUUCAUGAUUCUGAGGGAAGAGAAAUUGAAUCGCAGCUUCUUCCUUUAGCUAAUGCCUAUGUGGGAUUAAGGAACCAUUAUGUUAGGGCAUACUUAGGUCGAAGUCCAACUCAGACACCUAAGUAUUUGCUUGCAUUUAAGGUAUCAGUACCACCACUUGGUUUCAGCACAUACACUAUUUCGAGCAUCAAAAGGCCAGGUGCUAGUUCAACCAGAUCAUCUGUAUACACGUUUCAGAGAAGGGAAGAAUCUACUGUUGAAGUUGGUCAAGGAAAUUUAAAGCUGACGUUUUCCACUGAUCAAGGAAAAAUGAUUAAUUAUGUUAAUAGCAGAAGCUUGGUAUGUAAUGGACCUGGCGUAUACUUUGUGGGUGAUGCUCUUGGGGUUUCAUUCAAACUUCUCCGUCCAUUUGAGUGCGUCGCCGAUCUCCUCCGUGUGCUCUACCGCCCACCAUUCAACGUAAUUGCCUACUCGAAUUCAGAUAGCCCAAGACUUGCUCAUUCAGGUGGUUCUCAUAAGGAUCCAUCUCAUAAUUGCUUGUCCUGGAGUACGGGAAAAGAAGGGGAAUAUUAUGGGUAUGGUGGAAAUAAAGGCGGAGCAGCGGAGGCAUUUUUCCAACGAUGGUGGAGAAAUCAGAAUAAGGCAAUGCAGGAUGUGGUCAAGCAGCUAGUGAGCUCGGGGCAACUAGAGUUCAUAAAUGGGGGUAUGUGUAUGCAUGAUGAGGCAGCAACACAUUACAUUGAUAUGAUUGAUCAGACAACACUUGGGCAUCGGUUUAUCAAAAGGGAUUUUGAUGUUGUUCCAAGAAUUGGUUGGCAAAUUGAUCCCUUUGGACAUUCUGCAGUACAGGCUUAUUUGUUGGGAGCAGAAGUUGGAUUCGACUCACUUUUCUUUGGUCGGAUAGAUUACCAAGACAGAGCUAAGCGCAAAAAUGAAAAAAGUCUUGAAGUUGUCUGGCAGGGUUCCAAGAGCCUUGGUUCAUCUGCUCAGAUUUUUGCUGGUGCAUUCCCUGAGAAUUAUGAGCCUCCUCCUGGUGGUUUCUACUUUGAAGUCAAUGAUGUUUCCCCAAUAGUUCAAGAUGACAUUAAUUUGUUCGAUUACAAUGUUCAAGACCGAGUAAAUGACUUUGUUGCUGCUGCAGUAUCACAGGCUAAUAUAACCCGAACAAACCAUAUCAUGUGGACUAUGGGAACAGAUUUUAAGUAUCAAUAUGCACAUUCAUGGUUCAGCCAGAUGGACAAACUCAUACAUUAUGUCAACCAGGAUGGACGUGUCAAUGCUCUGUACUCUACCCCAUCCAUGUAUACUGAUGCAAAAUAUGCUACAGAUGAGUCCUGGCCAAUCAAGAGUGAUGACUUUUUCCCAUAUGCAGAUCGUGCAAAUGCGUACUGGACAGGAUACUUUACUAGUAGACCAGCCCUCAAGCGCUAUGUCAGAAUAAUGAGUGGCUAUUAUUUGGCUGCAAGGCAGCUAGAAUUUUUCAAAGGGAGGAGUAAAUCUGGGCCCAACACAGACUCACUGGCAGAUGCUUUAGCAAUUGUUCAACAUCAUGAUGGAGUUACUGGUACAGAAAAGCAGCAUGUGGCUAAUGAUUAUGCAAAACGCUUGUCUAUGGGGUACACGGAGGCUGAGGAAUUAGUUGCAUCUUCACUUUCUUGCUUGGCUCAGUCCGCAUCAGAUACUGGAUGCGGGAACCCAACAAUUAAGUUUCAACAGUGCCCACUUCUGAAUAUAAGUUACUGUCCUGCAUCAGAAGUUGAUCUGCCUCAAGGAAAAAGUUUGGUAAUUGUGGCCUACAAUUCUCUUGGAUGGAAGAGGGACAAUGUAAUUCAAAUUCCAGUUAUCAAUGAAGAUGUUACUGUUCAUGAUUCUGAGGGAAGAGAAAUUGAAUCGCAGCUUCUUCCUUUAGCUAAUGCCUAUGUGGGAUUAAGGAACCAUUAUGUUAGGGCAUACUUAGGUCGAAGUCCAACUCAGACACCUAAGUAUUUGCUUGCAUUUAAGGUAUCAGUACCACCACUUGGUUUCAGCACAUACACUAUUUCGAGCAUCAAAAGGCCAGGUGCUAGUUCAACCAGAUCAUCUGUAUACACGUUUCAGAGAAGGGAAGAAUCUACUGUUGAAGUUGGUCAAGGAAAUUUAAAGCUGACGUUUUCCACUGAUCAAGGAAAAAUGAUUAAUUAUGUUAAUAGCAGAAGCUUGGUUGAGGAACCAGUCAAACAAUCGUAUAGUUAUUACUCUGGGUAUAACGGAAGUGAUAAAGAUCCUCAGAAUUCUGGGGCAUAUGUCUUCCGUCCGAAUGGCACAUUCCCCAUAAAGCCUGAAGGACAGGUUGCUUUGACUGUUAUGCGUGGACCUGUAAUAGAAGAAGUACAUCAACAAAUCAAUCCAUGGAUAUAUCAGAUUACCAGACUUCACAAGGAGAAAGAGCAUGGUGAAGUCGAGUUUAUUGUCGGACCUAUACCCGUUGAUGAUGGAAUUGGAAAAGAAGUUGCUACUCAAAUUACAACUACGAUGGAUACCAACAAAACAUUCUACACAGAUUCUAAUGGACGCGAUUUUAUCAAAAGAAUUCGCAAUUAUAGAACAGACUGGGACUUGGAAGUGAACCAACCUAUUGCUGGAAAUUAUUAUCCAAUUAAUCUUGGGAUUUACAUGCAAGAUAAUAGGACGGAAUUUUCAGUUUUGGUGGACCGGUCUGUAGGGGGAUCCAGCAUAGUGGAUGGACAAAUAGAGCUGAUGCUCCACAGGAGACUGCUACUUGAUGAUUCAAGAGGUGUUGCAGAGGCAUUAAAUGAAACAAUCUGUGUUCUUGAUAAAUGCACGGGAUUAACAAUCCAAGGAAAAUAUUAUUUCCGAUUUGACCCCCUGGGAGAGGGUGCUAAGUGGCGUCGCACUUUUGGCCAGGAGAUAUAUUCUCCACUCCUGCUAGCCUUUGCUGAACAGGAUGGUGAUAACUGGAUGAAUUCCCAUGUAGCCAGUUUUUCAGGGAUUGAUUCCUCGUACAGUUUACCUGACAAUAUUGCUCUAAUAACUCUUGAGGAGCUUGAUGAUGGAAAAGUUCUCCUUCGGUUAGCGCAUUUAUACGAGCUUGGAGAGGACACGGACCUUUCUGUAACGACAAGCGUCGAGCUGAAAAAACUGUUCCCCAGGAAGAAGAUCAGUAAAGUGACCGAGACAAGCUUAUCUGCCAACCAAGAAAGAACAGAAAUGGAGAAGAGGAGGCUUGUUUGGAAAGUAGAAGGCUUUUCUGGAGAAGAAGUCAAGGUUGUGAGGGGUGGACCUAUUGAUCCUGCAAAACUUGUUGUAGAACUUGCCCCUAUGGAAAUCCGCACCUUUGUUAUUGACUUCAUUCCAGUGUUCCACGAUGGUGUGGCUUCUGCCUAACAAUACGAAAAUGCACCAUGAAAUCCAGUCCUUGCUUGUUCAGAAGACAUUUGCUUUGUGUCCCUCCAAAUCCUCUCAAGCUCCACUUCUGUUGUAUUAAAGGAUUAUGGUCCCCAAGAUUAACUUCUUUUGCAUUAAACGCUUGCCCACGGGUGUCAAUAACAAGACAAUUAGCUCAAGCUCUAUGCCGUACGUGUAUGUUGUAGUUAGUUUGCAAGAGACUAGAAAGUGUAAUGCAAUGAAGUUACAUUCUGUAUAUUAUCAGAAUGUCUGAUGGAA